AUGGCUGUCCGCAGAUUUAUAGAUGCUGAGAUGGUCGUAGCAACGCUGCAGGAAGAAGCAGAUGAGGAAGAUGAGGAGGCAAUUUUUCCUAAUUCAGAGUCUGAGGUUUCUGAUGAUGCCACAGGGUCAAGUUGAAUGUGUGUCUGGGAAUUCAUCUCUUCUACAUGAAGAAGACUCCUUUGAUAAUACGAGAGGAAAACUCAGACCCAGUCCAGCAGACUGAGUAAAAAGGGAUUUUACUGGGAUGAGAAUCCCCCCACUCAUGGUGGAACCAGCAGCCAUAACAUUCUCAGGAGCUGCCCAGGACCUACACCUGGAGCAACAGCUGUUUCACCAAAAGAUGCCUGGUAAAUGUUCAUGAGUGACAACAUCAUUGAGGAGGUUCUAAAAUGCACCAACUUGGAGGGAUGACAAACAGCAAAAGGGAAAGAGUGGAGGGGGGGAGAAGAGCUGGGAUGUGGCCUUACGGGAGCUGUUUCUGGAUCCCCUGCAGAAUCCACUUUACAAAGCCACCAUGGGGCUGAGGAGAUAUGAAGAUAUCCGCCGCGCCAUACACUUUGACGACAAGAGGACCAGGGCUCUGCGACUGGACACAGACCGCAUGGCAGCAUUUAGAUAUGUGUGGGACUGUUUCCUGGCAAACUGCAGAAAAUGGUUCACCCCCAGUGACUGUGUCACCAUAGAGGAGCAGCUUGUACCUUUCUGAGGCAGGUGCAAGUUCCAGCAAUAUAUGCCAAGCAAGCCUGCAAAAUAUGGGAUUUAAAUUUUCUGGAUGUGCAAUGCUAGGGUACCUUACGCAAUAGAUGGAACUGUCUAUACAGGAAGACAGCCAGGACAGGAAGUUCAGAGGAACUUGGGAGAGAACGUUGUCCAACAAUUGUGCAGCGGAAUCAGACACACAGGUGAAUAUACAGUACAAUAAAGAAAUUAAUGUAUAAGUUUGAGCACAAUACCUACAUAAUUUUCGCUAUUUCAUGUGGAUUUUAUUUUUUUUACUUGAUUUCUCUCUAAGACAAAUAGUAGAAUAGAAUAAAAUGCAAUGCAGUUCAACAGAUUUAUGUGUUAGAAUUUAGAAUUCGAUUUCAAUAUAUACAGUCUUUUCCCCUCUCAUAGGUGGCAACAUCACAAUGGACAACUUCUUCACCAGUGUCCCUCUUGCUGAGAAGCUCCUUGAGAAGAAUCUGACCAUUGUUGGGACUCUUCUCCAGAUUAAGCCGGACAUACCACCUAUCAUGAAGCCAUCCAAAUCACAGGGAGAUUUAUAG